GGCUUUGGUUUUUCUACCUAGUCCCCUGGCACCCAGUCCGCUGGCACCUUUACCGAGCGCGGUUGCGUGCUUACCCUAAAGUAAUUGCUCGCUCAUACCGGCGCACUAGCUUCGGGUACCAUCUGGGAGCGAAUUGCGAAUGGAAAGGACAUGGAAUUAAAACGUAAAUAAAAGCUCCCGCUCGCUCUCCAUUCCCUCCAGUGUUGUGGUGGUGUGGUAAGGCGGUCGAGAACGAAUAACAUAUGUUGCUAGCCCUCCCUGGGCAGCAGGAAGUUCUCCUCCAGAAAUCGGGCGAGCGUAAACAAAACUUUUUGUCAGUCUUUUCGAGGGAGAUACAUGCGGGGGCACCGGGCACAACGCUACACACGCUAGUGCUGCCGAUGGAGAAAAUUAACUUUUUCCCUUCGCCCCAAUGGCGGAAAGAGAGCCGCGCAGCAGGCGUGGUGUUUAGACGUGGAAUGGAUGCGAUGUAAGGAAACUUUUUCACUCGGCUAUUUGCGAGUUCGAUUGCCUUUCAAAUGAAAAGCGGAACGGGAAAACAACGUGCACAACAGCAGCAACGACGACGACAUAAGGAAACAGGAAAUGGAGCAAGUGCUUUGGUGUGACUGUAAGAACCCCGGGGGAGGGGCCAUUGGAACCUGGGGGAGAAUCGGGUACUUUUACGUUUGUGAGUGUUUUUCAUGUGUGUGUUUGUGUGUCUGUGUCUAUUUGGAGUGCUCCGUUUGUGUGGCUUUCGAUUGCAUUAAAAAUAUUCCAAUCGAGCACUCUCUCUCUCCUUCUCUCUCUCUCUCCUUCUAUCUCUCUCUAUCUGUAUCUUUGGGGGCCAGCUACAAGCUCGGCAACACAGGGAAUGUAGAUGGUAUGCUCACGGCAAAUGAAGCGUGAGACCGGAAAAAGACAAAACUUCAUUUGAGAAAUGAAGAAACUCGGUGUAAAGAGGAAGCAAGGGAAUGGCUAUGAAAUAGUGACAAUUCGCGGCUGUAGACUGUGGCAAGUCGCACCGCAAAUCGUGAGCGUAACAUUUCUAUCUGGUCGAUUUGGCCGAUUAGCAGCAGCAGAAAUGGAGGCGCCUCAAAUGGAGGCGCCAUGGGCAACGUUAAAACGCGACAGCGCACGUGUCUUGUCAUGCAUUUUUUCCUCAAUCAGACAUUAUAUUUAAAAUGGAUAGAAAGUGUUUAAUCCUACCCACACUUGCCCGGCCCCUUUGGUGGACUGUCCACGAUCGCGGUCUGUUGCCUGUUGCACCAGGAUAAGUGCUCGCUCGCCCCGAAGGGGUCGUCGCGCGACAAAGUAAACGACAAAAGACACAUUUUUUCUUAAUCUUUUAAACGUUAAUUUUCCUUUACUAUGCAUUAGUGUACACUUCUAUUAGUGGUUAUUUAAAAUCGUAAAACAAACAACUUCCUCAAAAAAAAAACAACAACAACAACAUUAAACUAUUGAAGUUACUCUUUCUAUCGUUUUUUGUUUUUUAAAAAUUGCAAUUCGUUGUCUUCGCACUUUGAAGUCCGCGUGUUCUGCGUGUUAAAUGGUUAGUGUCGCUAAUUUCGUUCAUGUUGUCUUCUGUUCGUCUUCUGUUCUUUCCGUUUCUCGUCUGCGUAUCAACUAUGUGGCGUGUGAGAUUCGUCCGUGUUAUGUAUGUUCGAACCAGGAACCAACUAGCUCUUACCGUUGUUUUAAGUUCGUUAGACCUAUGUUUUAUCCGCGCAGUUUAGUUAUUUCUUUAUGAGUUUAGAUUUUAGAUGCGCUUUAUCGUUUGCGCUUUAGCGAAGGCGUUGCGUACAGUUUAUCACGGAUUUAUGAUUUGUAUUCAUCGUAUAUCACCUCCCACUACUCCAUGUUAGUUCAUAUCGAAAAGGGACAAGCUUCUAUUAUCUACUCGAUGGAUAAGUUUAAUAUUAUUUGUUAGUUUGUAAGCUGUUUUACUCCCAGUUACGUUCGUCUUUAUUUUCGUUCCAAUUUUCCUCCUCAUUUUUCUUUCUCUACUCCGUUCUUUCUUUCUUCAUUACCGCUAUCCGUGCCACAGUUAGCUCUAAUUUAUGUGACUUUAUGUAUCUUAAGUUAUGUAAUGUUUCGUAAACUUUGUAAUUUCGUUGUUCAUCAAUAAACGUACACAAACCAACGA